AUGUCUUCUGCAACUAAAAGACCGACAUUCAUAUUAACAGGCGGCUCUCGCGGGAUCGGCCUAUCGUGUCUCAAGCUCUUGCUCAAACCACCUGUCGCUGCCAAUGUCGUGUCGCUAUCGAGAUCGUUUCCCCCAGAAUUGGAGGAGUUGAAGAAAUCUCACGAUCAAAGUCUCUUGGUCAUUCAGGGAAAUGUUGCCAAAGACGAAGACAACAAGUUAGCCGUUGAAUCUGCAAUCAAAACUUUCGGCUCGAUUGAAGGAUUGAUCUUAAAUUCGGGGAUUAUAAAGUUUGAGCGAAUCGACGAUCCGAUUUCAAACAAUCAAGGCUCACUUGAAUCAUGGAAAGAAGUCUUCGAUGUCAACUUUUUCUCUCUAGUCUCGAUCUUGAAACAUUCCUUGGUCCAUCUAAGAAACUCGCACGGGAGAGUUGUCUUUGUCAGCUCGGGAGCUUCGGUCGGUGGAAUUGCAUCUUGGGGAAGUUACAAUACCAGCAAAGCAGCGAUGAAUUCACUCUGUCGAACACUUGCCAGCGAAGAGCCUAAAAUUACCUCGAUCGCGCUGAGGCCGGGAGUUGUGGAUACUGAAAUGCAAGCCAAACUACGAAAUGAAGCCAAAGAAGUGAUGAACAGUCCCAACUACAAACACUUUCAUGGUCUAUACGAGAACUCGAAACUCGUCAAGCCGGAAGGGCCCGCCGAAGUGAUUACGAACCUAGCGGUCCGUGCCGAGGAGAAACUGAAUGGACAAUUUCUCAGCUGGGAUUCGGAAGAACUAGCAAGCUACCGCACCCAAUCAUAA